GAUGACGGCAGAGAUCUAACUAGAGUAUCACAUUUUGACUUUUGCAUAUAUUUAUAUACAUACCUCUUCGUAUACCUACCGAGCGACGAGCCUACUCCUCAGCCGUUCGCUUUGAUUCCUCACAAAGCACAUGUAUUCACAUCUAUUCACAUCAGACCGAAUCUUCAAAGCAUUUUGAAGCAUAUACAAACACAUAUAUACAUCAUACUAUUCGAAAGAUACCUAUUCCCAUCCAAAACCACAAUUAGACAUGCAAAAUCGAAAUGGAAAAGAGAUUUACUGAAAUAUCAGGCAUUUCAUCACACCGGACUCCACAAGCGAAUCAAAAACUUCAAUUCUUGCAGGACUCCUAUCUGACUGCAUCACUUUGCAUUAGUACGAAUCCCCUUACAAUUCCCCACGAAGAAUCCUUUCGAUUGAAGGGUAAAUAUUUCAAAAUUUCGAUAUCUAUACGACUAUCAGGUCGUCCUAAUAAAAAUCAAUCAUUAAUAAUAAUAAUAAUAAUAACAACAAUACGGAACGACGAAGGGGAAAAGGCCGAGGAGAAGAAGGAGAAGAGGAAGGAGACAGACCUGCGCUUAUCAAAAAUAGCGGCCCAUAAUCCGGCCGCAAAUUCCCAACGGCGUCACACACGUCAAUCCUGCCGACCACCAUAUCUCCAUCCACCAUAGGGAAUACCAAUCGACCCAAUGCCCCUCCAUCAGCGAUUGGAAACGCGAGAAUUCCAUCCCCAAGCCAUCAACCUCCAUAUCCGUCACCAAGCCCUUUGCCAACCAAUCGCGAUCAACCACAAGUGCGAAUAAGCAGUCCAACGAGGUAUAGUUGGAGGAACGCCCUACAAGGUGUUGCGAAUCCCGGUACAACCGAAACUCUGCCAAAUCCCUUUAGAUCUCGUGCUGGCUCGAGAAGUACUUCAAGGGGGAGACCCAGGAGACCAAGUACGUCUAGAUUGUGGAAUCCGACAAACUCAACCCCGAGAGCAUAUCCUCAGACAUCUCCAAAGAGACAUCAGUCACCACCGGAAGAACGACCGGUCAUUGCGAUACCACUUCAACAUCCAGACAUAUCAAAUUUACGGGAGGGAGCCAGUGCUGGAGGCGAUUAUCCAUUAUUAACAUUACCGGAACAGCGACAACAAAGGCAUUCCGCAUCUACGAGGGCAAGUUUACAGGUUGAUAGGAGUGGAAGUUCAUUAAGUUCACAUCGAAUAUCCUUACCAAGAACGGUUAGCAUAGACCUUGCGCGAAAUCGAAAAAGCGGUGAUUCUCCUCUUACACCUACUGCCGGACAAAGACUUGAUAAAGGGAAAGGGAAAGCGGCGGAAGAAGAGCCUGUUAUCACCGUUGCGACAACGUUGGAAAAGCUUACUGGAAGGGUCCCAGAAGGAAGACAGCUUACUCCGACACCCGUUUCGGGCAUCUCUUUCGAUUUCAGUAAAGCAGCUAUGUCUACUGACCUUGAGCGCGGUCCCAAUACUCUCAAUCCAUAUAAUCCAUCCGGCACAUCACCAAUACCACAUGCGAACGAUUCCAACGUAUCAUUACCAGGCGGUAUCGGUUCCGCGCUAUCAUCAAAUGGCACAUCGAUAGUUGGGGAAGAGCCGGGGGAGGGAGAUGAUGAUGCUUGGGGUCCUCAACAUCCAUGUUUUCCACACAUGAAUAUGCAUGUUCCACUCUCAUCGCCUUUAUACAACACAACACGUAUAAUACGCAUUCGUCGUGAUUGGAUGCUGGAGGGAGAUCUCGCGCCUACCUUUUCAAAUUUGUACCCAGAGAUUUUGGAUCCGGCUGGGGUCACGGAACAGGAUUUUAGAGGCUUGAUUGAGAGGAUUAACAAUGAAUUGAUACCGGCUUUUAAUCCCUGGAGCGCGAGAAAUAUUUUCGACGGAAUGAUGGGCUUGGUGACGGGUUGGGUAUGGGACGAUUUAGGUUGGACGGGUGUGAAGUCUCGAUUGAAUCGCGUGGAAAUGUGGUUGGAGGAAUGGAAUCGAGAUAUGGAAUCGAGGGCAAAAGAACCGGGAACAGCUCCAAAAAUCGUGAGCUUGAGGAGAACGGGAUAUAUGAAUCUCGAUAUCCAAGUCCCAGACCCGGAAAUUUCAUAUCCCGCCACAAUACCCGAAUCAGAUCGUUUAGAUUCGGGGAUAUCGCAAGGACAUGUCGUGGGAACCCCGCCAGAAAAUGAGUUACUAGCUACAAUACCCAGUAGAAGUCAGAGGAGUGACCAUGUGGAUUCCGUUUCUUAGGUGAUGGUGAGCGAUGAGAGAUGUCACAUAUAAGCAGAAAAAGAAAAAUGGAGGAUGAAGGACGGAAAGCAAGGAGAGAAGCAAUUUAUACCCCCUUUUUCAUUUUUACACCGGCGUUUUAGGAGAAAGAGAUCAAGAGGAUAUUUUGUAGAGGAGAGGGAAAGAAAGAAAAGGAGGAGCGAAAGAAAUGGAAGAACAGCUGAUUUGUUUGGAGCUGGAGUUGGAGUCGGAGUUGGAAUCGGAAUGCAUAGUUGAGAAGACAGAUGGGAGUUGCAUGUAUUUAUAUACUGAUGGAUUGCAAGAUCACGGAUUGCGUUAGGGAAGUUCUGGUGAGAUUGUGUGUGGGAUUGGCAUGCAUGCAUGGAUAGAUGGAGAUGAGAUGAGAUGAGAAGAGAAGAGAGAAAGGGAAUGCGAGAGAGGUAGAAAGAGAGCGAUGAAUAUCAUGUUAUGUUUGAUGAGGACUGGUGAUGGAUAAUACGAAGAAGAAAAGGGCAAGAGUAGAGUAUGUUUGAUUAAAGGGAGGAAGGAAGGAAGGAAAGAGAGAGAGAGAAAAAAAAAAAGAAACCCCGAAGGUUCUUUUACUUAAUAGGUACUUACUUGUGCACAAGUGCUGAUAAUGAUGAAUGAUUGAAUUUGGAAAUUUGGAACUCUGCA